GGCAGGCAAGGUCAAGGUUAAUUCGAUGGUCACUGGAGGACAGCACUAUAUAAGACCCGGCACAGUAGGUCAGGCAUCAGUACUCAUCAGCCUCACUCACCAUGAAGUUUAUGCUCCUGUUCUUCGUGGCCAUCGCCGCCCCCCUGCUCACCCUCAGCGCCCCAGCGGCUCUGGACUCCAGCGAGGAGGUGGAGGUAGUGCCCAUCCUGAGGGACGACCGUGUCCACGAGGAGGACGGAAGGUUCAACGUGGAAGUUGAGACUGGCAAUGGCAUCCGUUUGUCUCAGUCCGGUUCCCCCGACGGUAACAAUGGGGCAGUCAUCCAGGCUGGACGAGUCUCCUACACCGCCCCUGACGGCACCCCAGUUGAAGUGAUAUUUGUCGCCAACGAGAACGGCUACCAGCCCCAGUCUGACCUGCUGCCAGUGGCUCCCGAGUUCCCCCACCCAAUCCCUCAGUUCGUACUGGACCAGAUCGCCUUCGCUGCUGCAGAGGACGCUGCCCGCUCCGAGGACUCAGAGGAGUCUUAAAGCUUCAAAGUCAAAUCUGUUUCAUCGGCUUUUGAUUCCUAUAGUGAAUUAUCUAUUACCAACCAAUUAUAUUUAUGAUAUUAAUUUUGAAAAUAAAACUAACCAUGAAA